CUGUAAUCAAGUCCCCCUAUAGCAUUCUGCGCUAUACUCUGAGUUAUAAUUCAUACCCUAUGGCUUCCGGCGUAACGACCUCCUCCGAGUCCGCCCGGAUCGCACGGGGAGUGGAGCGACAGCCGUACGCUAGCGCCGAUGCGACUCUGCGAUCGCUGGCGGGAGCUGCGGAAGGGUUUGGAUCGCAGUCGAUCGGAGGGAGGGAUGGCGAAGUCUACACCGUUACCUCGUUAGCAGACUGUGGCCCUGGAACUCUACGGGACGCCUGCAAGCACAAGGCGGCCAGGUGGAUCGUCUUUGCUGUCUCGGGCACUGUCUGCCUCGCAUCACCCAUCCGAGUGCCGUCCUUCACCACCGUUGACGGCCGAGGACAGAGGGUGGUUCUACAGGGUGCAGGUCUUCAGCUGCGGGGCUCGCAGCACGUGAUCCUCUGUUGUUUUCUCCUGGAAGGUGGCCGGGGCCACGAUGCAGAUGCCAUCCAAAUGAAACCCCAGGUGGCUCAUGUGUGGGUGGACCGAUGCACGCUGUCGGAUUUUGAUGAUGGGCUUAUUGAUAUCACGAGAGGGUCAACGGAUGUGACUAUAUCGAGAUGUCACUUCUUCAAGCAUGACAAGACGAUGCUGAUAGGAGCGGAUCCGAAGCACACGGAGGAUCGGAACAUCCGAGCUACAGUCCACCACUGCUUCUUCGAUGGCACGAGGCAGAGGCAACCGCGGGUUAGGUUCGGCAAAGUGCAUCUCUACAAUAAUUUCACUCGCUAUUGGGGGGUCUAUGCUGUGUGCGCAAGUGUCGAGGCACAGGUCCUAUCACAGCAUUGUAUAUACGAAGCAGGAAAGAAGAAGAAGACAUUCGAGUACUACUACGAGCAGGCGCCUGACAGGCCAGCCCCUGCCGCAGGAAGCCUGCGCUCUGAAGGGGAUACGUUUCCUAGUGGGGCAGAGGGCAAGGAGCAGGAGAGGGAGGGGGUGUUUGACCCUGGACAUGUGUACAGCUGUGAUUGGUCGCUGUGGAGGCAGUGCAGCUGCGAGGUCGUUGUGGCGUGUGCUGGCUGGCAAGACGUGCCUCUGCCAGCGGAUAAUGCUACAUGACUUGAGUUGACUUUUGUCUACUUGGUACGUGUGGAGGCAAUGCAGCCGUGAGGCUGGCAUGGCGUGUGCAGGCUAGCAGGAUGUGCCCCUGCCAGCAGAUGGGUAAAGAAAGUGUUGGCUAGCUGCAAUACAGUGGGCCUCCAUGAGCCCUUGACGCGUUGUAUAUAUUCACUCUUAGGGCGGAUUCCUACAAAGUGGGAUCCACUUUCGCGCACUGCCGAACGGAACUCACUGAUUGCACAUUUUCUACAAAUGCACUGCACUGUACCACGCGUGCUGGAUCCAACUUCGCUGGAUCCAACUUCGCUGGAUCCAACUUGGUAGGAAUCUGUCCUUAUCUGUUGUUUGUA